GAGACAACGUCCUGUUGAUUUUCACUUGCAUGCACAUGUGUGAAUGUUGGUUGGUUUGUAAGUCAUCCACAUUCAGUAUUUGACUUCGUUUUGGAGGAAAAAAUGGACAAAAACGAUAAUGGAAAAGAACAAGACACGGAUUUCUGUUUCCUUGAUAAUCUCCUAAAUAAGCUAUAUGAUUUCGGUGAUGGAUCAGUAUCAAAGAGAAAAAACAAGCAAAAGAAGAGGUCCAAACGAGGUGCAGUAGAGGAUGAGGACAUCUCUGCAGUUGAUUGCAGCGAGACUAAAGAUUCCGGACAUCAGGUUAUCUCAGCAUUCGAUAUUGCUGACUCGUCUGAAGUUGGAAACCCAAUUUCAGCCAUUAAACUGACACCAUCAGUAGAGGUGGUCACAUUUCAGGACCCUGCAAAGAGACCGAGACAAGACAAAAAGCCCCCAGUGCCCAACAUCAAAGACCAGUCUCCUCAGAUAAGGGUGAAAAAAAAGGUGGACCCAGAUGAAUUCAAUCUAGAAAAGGCUCGAUUAGAAGUUCAUAGAUUUGGAAUCACUGGAUACCAUAAAGCACAACAGAGGGUUUUUGAACAGGAGCGAGCCAUCAUGCUUGGCGCAAAGCCCCCUAAGAAGGAGUAUGUGAACUACAAAGUGUUGCAGCAAAGGGUUAAGGACAUGAAACAAAAAGCAAAGGAAGAGACGCAUACGGACUUAAAAAAAAAGAAGGCAACUAAACCACGGGAUGAGAAAAAGAAAUCAUCUUCCAGUAAAGCUCCAACAGGCCAGGUGGGACGUUUUAAAAAUGGAAUGCUGGUCCUGAGUUCCAAAGAAAUCAAGAAAAUAAAAUCCUCCAAAGUGAUCAAGUGAAAAUGGCAAUGAAGAGUUUAUUUCAUUUGUUGCAUCUUUGGAAGUUUUGCUGAGACCUCUCACAUGAAGAUGCAGUCAUGGGCAAAUUACGUCCAAGUUUUAACCAGAUCAUCCCCAGGACAAUUAUGGAAUAAGAUGCUGAAGAACCUAUUAGUAUUCCAUCACAGUUUAUUAUUGAGGAGAAAAAAAGAUAACGUUUUGAUAUUCUUUUACACUGUAUGAUAUGAAAACAGCGGCAAAUACAAUGCAUUUAAUAUACAAACCACUUAGAAGUACAAAAUGUUUACAUCUUAGGAGAGAUGCCAACUGAAGAACACACAUUAACAGAAUUCUAGAAAAGAAAAGAUAACUUUUUGUCAACAUAUAAUGUGGAAAGGGAUGCCACGGUUUCCUCAAGGAACAGUUGACCUUCCACAUGAGGCUAAGUGAGGCACCCGGUUAAGUUUUCUGUUACUGUGACAAUGAGAGGGCACUAUCCACCAUGGGGUAUAACAUAAAUGGCGCCCCAGAAACCACACCAUCUCUCUCCACAUGUCGUACUCAGGGUCGGGACCGUAGAUGUGGGGGCGAAAUUAUGAUCUGUAAUCAUUAGUGUAAUGUAUUAUACAUUUAUAAAUAAAUAGAUUGU